AAAUAACUUCAGUUACAAACACUGUUGUUGAUGUUGCCACCAUCUAAUCGCAAGGCGGUGUUCUUAUUUUUGUAUUCUAUUUUCAGUUAUUCGGUUUGAAAAUGGAUAAAAAUAAAUCAAAGGAUGCUGAGGAUUCUGCUUUUCUUGUAGCUCAACCUGUGCAUUUAGAUGAUGCAAUCGAAAUGGUCGGAUUUGGACAUUUUCAUUACUACUUGUUAUUUAUUUGUGGAUCACUUUUCGCGGCAUUUGCUUUUAGCGUGACGUCAGUGUCUUUUGUUGUACCGUCAGCCCAAUGUGAUUUUUAUAUGACUUCUGUCCACAAAGGAAUCUUAAAUGGAGCUUCCAUGAUUGGAAUGUUUACGGGAUCUUUUAUUUGGGGUUACAUAGCUGAUUCCAAAGGUAGAAGAUAUGCCUUGAUAGUGAGUAUGAUGAUGGAUGGUGUUUUCAGUAUCAUAUCUAGUGUAUCUCAAAUAUACCCAGUGUUAAUAUUUUGUCGACUGAUGAGUGGAUUUGGGGUGUCUGGUGCUACAGUGCUAUAUUCUUACUUAGGAGAAUUCAUUAAUGCCAAAUACCGUGAAAAAUUUCUAUGUUGGAUGGAAAUUUUCUGGACGAGUGGUAUUAUAUUACUUCCAUGUGUGGCGUGGAUAAUUAUACCACAAACAUUCAGAAUCGAAUAUGGAUUCUUUUUAUUCAGAUCAUGGAAUUUAUUUGUGAUUAUAUGUUCUUUUCCGAGCAUAAUAUUGGCAUACUUAUUGGUAAGAUUGCCGGAAAGUCCAAAAUUCUUACUCUCAAAAGGUAAACACGAUGAGACAAUCGAUUGUUUGAAAUUCGUUUAUAAAUGGAACAAUAAAACUAUUGAUGAUUUUCCGGUGACUUCAUUAAUAUUACCUGAUUGUACUUAUGAAAAGAGUAGUGGUUUCUUAAAUGGUCUCUAUGAGAGUACUAUUGGGCUGUUCACGUCUGAGUUCAAAUUUAUAGCCAUAAUUACAUGCAUUAUUCAAUAUUGUUCCACUACCAGUUAUUACAUGUUGAUGCUAUGGUUUCCAGAGCUGAUGAAUAGGUUACGAUGGUAUGAGACAUUAUAUUCAGGACCGAAAAACACGACGAAUAUGUGUGAAAUUGUUUCUAUGUAUAAGAUCGAACCUGAAAAGAUAGAUUACAAGUGCAAUGAUGAUAUAGAUCAAUCAGUAUAUUUAAACAUAGUCAUUAUUGGAAUCGCAUGCAUACCAACAAGUCUUAUCGUCCCACUGUUCGUUAACAAACUAGGACUCAGGUUUUUUUUAGUGGUAAGCUUUUUAGGAUCAGGUCUGUCUGCUGCUUUGUUGUACUUCAUUACAUCUUCACUUGAGAACCUCAUAUUAUCUGCAGUGUUUGAAGCUCUUUCCAGCGUUGGUAUUAGUCUUAUGUAUUGUAUUGCUGUUGAAUUGUUUCCUACAGAAUACAGGGGUAUGGCUGUAUCUAUAGGUUCUACGUUUGGAAAAGUAGGUGCACUUAUGGGUAAUAUUGUAGUUGGAGUAUUUAUUGAUGAGCUUUGUGUAAUUCCAAUAUUAGUAUCGUGUUCAUUUUUAAUAAUUUCAGGAUUGCUGGUGUUAACAUUACCAAAAACUGGAAGAACCAACAUAAAAUGAAAUUAUAAUAGUUAGGUAAUAAGAUUAACUUUAAUUUGUAUUAUUGGAAAAUAGUAU